GGCCCGAGUCUGGUAUCUGUGGGGCCCAAUUAGAUUUGAAUAAAUACCCCGUGGAGCGCCAAAUUCCCCUAUUCUGCAACUGAAAUAACAAAUUCUCUCACAUUUUCUCUCUCUACAACCUCCUCCAAUGGCGAAUCAUUCACCACCACCGUCGCACUCCUCCACCCUGAUCCUCCUCCUCCUCCUCCUCGUAAUCACCUCCCUCUCCGCGUUCGCAUCCGCCGCCGACAGCGUCGGUUCCACCACCACCUUCAAGGAACACGAAACCAUGCUGGAAUCACUACGAAACCACGGCUACACUCUCUUCACUAACGCCAUCGCCACCUCCGACCUCCAGUACCAGCUCCUCCCAACCGCCUCCGCCACCGCGUCCGAAGAAGGAGAAGAUCCGACCUCGCCGUUCACCCUGUUCGCCCCGCUCGACAACCUGCUCUACGCCCUCGACAUGGCCUCCGACGCCGCCACGUACGUCAACACCCUCCGGUACCACAUCGUCCCCAACCGCCGCUACACCUACGGCGACCUUCAGAAUCUCACUUCCCCCUUCCUCGAGACACUCCUCCCCAACUACUCCGUUCUGAUCGGCAAAACGCAGGAGCGUGCCGCCAACGCGACCGUCAGCGGCGUGAUGGUGGAUGGGGUUAGGGUUUCGAAUCCGGAUCUAUAUCUCGGGUCGAGAGUAGCCGUUCACGGAAUUUACGGAAUUCUCCUCACCGGACUCAACAUGAACCAGGAUUUGGGCGGCCACGUCAACAGCUCUUCGUCGGGAAUUUUUUCACCUGUGGAAUCUCCGGCGUCGUUGCCUGGAUCUGACAGUAAUAGUCCGUCAGAGGGAAAUCUUCUUCCUCCUAUGUCUCACUUUGCUUGGAAUCAUGCUCCGGCGGCCGCGCCUCCAAUUGAUGAGAAAAUUCAGGUAGCAGCGCCGCCUUCUUAUAUUGUGAACAUUCCCGCAGCAGCGCCGCCUUCUAUUGAGAAUAUUCCGGUAGCAGCACCGCCUUCUUAUAUUGAGAACAUUCCGGUAGCUGCGCCGCCUUCUUAUAUUGAGAAUAUUCCGGUAGCUGCGCCGCCUUCUUAUGUUGAGAAUAUUCCGGUGGCAGCACCUUCUCAUGUUGAGAAUAUUCCGGUGGCAGCGCCUCCUUAUGUUGAGAAUAUUCCGGUAGCAGCUCCUACUUAUAUUGAGAAUAAUCCUGUAGCAGCGCCAUCUUAUAGUGAGAAUAUUCCGGCGCCGGUGACUCCUCUCCCAAAAAUCUUGAAGGAUAAGCCGGAGAAAUCAAGAAAUUUGGUGAAGAAGAAGAAGCAUAAGAAGCAGGGGAAACGUCAGCAGAAGAGUCACGGCCACCACCAGAAGAAGAAACAUGGGGGGCACCGCCAUUGCCAUCUGGAAGAUCUGUAAAUUGGCAAUAUGCAAAUCUUAUUGGGGCUGUAGUGCAAUUUUUCAGGUUAGUUGGGGCAAAUAUGUGAUUUUUGUUCAAUCAACAAGUGAGAAAAUUUGUCAUCUAUCUUCUACUCGUUGGGAAAUUAAUUUCUACUUCUGUAUUUGCUUCAAUUCAAACUUGUGAUUCUAUACAAUAAUAUGUGAUUCUGGGAAAGAGUUUUAUCCCCUCAGCUCCAAUUAAAUACUACUUGCUUAAAUAGAAAAUUAGUAUAUAUUAAUAAUACAUGUUAAUGCAUUAAUAAGGAAAUUCAUUCACACAAA